AUGGCUUCACUUCCACCUCCGCCCCCUCCAGGAUGGGGUCCAGCACCUCCUCCUUCCAUGCCUUCGGCGCCCCCGCCCCCCGGAUAUCGACCUCCUGCCGACCCUAAAGUCGCAAAGUUCGCUCAGAAAAAAACAGAAUGGUUGAGGACUCAGCGCAAUAGGUUCGGCGAAAAGAGAAAAGGUGGUUUUGUUGAAUCCCAAAAGACUGAUAUGCCGCCUGAGCAUUUGCGAAAGAUUGUCAAGGAUAUCGGCGAUGUGUCGCAGAAAAAGUUCAGCAGUGAUAAGCGCAGUUAUCUGGGAGCUUUGAAGUUCAUGCCUCAUGCUGUUCUCAAGCUACUUGAGAAUAUGCCUAUGCCCUGGGAGUCGGCUCGUGAGGUAAAAGUCCUGUACCAUGUCAACGGUUGUCUUACUUUGGUCAACGAGAUACCUCGAGUCAUUGAGCCUGUUUUCCAUGCCCAGUGGGCGACCAUGUGGGUUUGCAUGCGAAGAGAAAAAGCAGAUCGACGCCAUUUCAAGCGUAUGCGCUUUCCACCGUUCGACGACGAAGAACCGCCACUUUCAUGGUCUGAGAAUAUUGAGGACGUUGAACCUUUGGAACCUAUCCAGAUGGAGUUGGAUGAGAUCGAAGAUGCCGCCGUCUAUGAGUGGUUCUAUGACCACAGGCCGCUUCUUGAUACCCCUCAUGUGAACGGACCGAGCUAUAAGAAAUGGAACCUAUCGCUACCACAAAUGGCGACUCUCUACCGAUUGAGUCAUCAGCUAUUAAGUGAUGUGGUUGACAAGAACUAUUUUCACAUGUUUGAACUGAAUAGCUUCAUCACAGCCAAAGCUCUGAAUGUGGCCAUGCCUGGAGGGCCUCGAUUCGAACCUCUAUACAAGGAUAUCGACCCGAACGAUGAGGACUUUGGCGAGUUCAAUGCUAUUGACCGCAUCAUUUUCCGUUCCCCCAUCCGCACCGAAUAUCGUGUGGCAUUCCCCUACCUAUAUAAUUCUCUUCCACGAAGUGUUAAGCUUUCGUGGUACUCGCAUCCUCAAGCCGUUUAUGUGCGAUCUACUGAUCCAAAUCUUCCAGCCUUCUACUUUGACCCCGUCAUUAAUCCCAUCUCCUCACGAUCUGUCGCACCAAAGAAUAUCAUUCUCUCUCAUGAAGACGAGAUCUUUGGUGUGGGUAACAAUGAAGACGACGACUUUGAACUUCCAGGCGACGUCGAACCUUUCUUGGCGGAUGAAGAGCUUUACAACAGCGAUACCGCAUCUGCCAUCGCCCUCUUGUGGGCUCCUUUCCCAUUUGAUCGCCGUUCUGGUAGGAUGGUUCGUGCUCAAGACGUGCCAUUGGUGAAGCAAUGGUACCUCGAACAUUGCCCACAAGGCCAACCUGUCAAAGUCCGGGUGUCAUACCAGAAACUUUUAAAGACAUAUGUGCUCAACGAGCUGCAUAAGACGAAGCCCAAAGCUCAAAACAAGCAGAAUCUCUUGAGAACGCUCAAAGGUACCAAGUUCUUCCAGACUACAACAAUUGACUGGGUCGAAGCAGGUCUUCAAGUCUGCAGACAAGGCUUCAACAUGUUGAACCUGCUUAUUCACCGAAAGAACUUGACUUACCUUCACCUUGACUACAACUUCAAUCUCAAGCCCGUGAAAACUUUAACCACGAAAGAGCGAAAGAAGUCUCGUUUCGGUAACGCUUUCCAUCUUAUGCGAGAGAUCUUGCGUUUGACAAAGUUGAUUGUCGACGCGCAAGUGCAGUACCGACUCGGCAACAUCGACGCAUUCCAGCUCGCUGACGGUAUUCUUUAUGCCUUCAACCAUGUUGGACAAUUGACUGGUAUGUACCGUUACAAGUACAAGUUGAUGCACCAAAUCCGAUCCUGCAAGGACCUGAAGCAUCUGAUCUAUUACCGUUUCAACUCCGGUCCAGUGGGCAAAGGUCCAGGUUGCGGUUUCUGGGCUCCAGCAUGGCGUGUGUGGCUGUUCUUCAUGCGUGGAAUCAUCCCAUUGCUUGAAAGAUGGCUUGGUAACCUGCUUUCUCGUCAGUUCGAGGGCCGUCAUAGCAAGGGUGUUGCUAAGACUGUGACAAAACAACGUGUGGAAUCUCAUUUCGACUUGGAAUUGCGUGCCUCAGUCAUGGCCGAUCUCAUUGACAUGAUGCCUGAAGGUAUUAAACAGAACAAGGUCAACACCGUUCUGCAACAUCUUUCUGAAGCAUGGCGAUGCUGGAAGAGUAAUAUCCCAUGGAAGGUGCCAGGUCUACCAGCACCCAUUGAGAACAUUAUUCUCCGAUACGUUAAAGCCAAGGCUGACUGGUGGAUAUCCGUUGCUCAUUACAAUCGUGAGAGAAUCCGACGUGGGGCCACUGUGGACAAGACAGUUGCAAAGAAGAACUUGGGUCGCCUGACACGGUUGUGGUUGAAGGCAGAGCAAGAAAGACAGCACAAUUACCUCAAAGACGGUCCCUAUGUGUCAUCUGAAGAAGCCGUUGCCAUCUAUACCACAACUGUUCACUGGUUGGAGUCUCGAAAGUUUUCUCCAAUUCCCUUCCCCAGUGUGUCUUACAAGCAUGAUACUAAGAUUCUGAUCUUGGCUCUUGAACGUCUACGAGAAUCUUACUCCGUCAAGGGCCGUCUCAAUCAGAGUCAGCGUGAGGAGCUUGCUCUCAUUGAGCAGGCUUAUGACUCCCCCGGUACUACAUUGGCCCGAAUCAAGCGAUUCUUGUUGACACAGCGAGCCUUCAAAGAAGUUGGAAUUGACAUGAACGACAAUUACAGCGACAUCAAUCCUGUUUACGACGUUGAGCCGAUUGAAAAGAUCACAGAUGCUUAUUUGGACCAGUAUCUGUGGUACCAAGCGGACCAACGCCAUCUGUUCCCUUCGUGGAUCAAACCUUCUGAUUCUGAGGUUCCGCCUCUACUGACUUACAAAUGGGCCCAAGGAAUCAACAACCUGUCUAACGUCUGGGAGACUGCUGACGGCGAGACAAAUGUUAUGAUUGAAACCAAAUUGUCCAAGGUCUACGAAAAGAUCGACUUGACUUUGCUCAACCGACUUCUUCGUUUGAUCAUGGACCACAACUUGGCCGACUACAUCACUUCUAAGAACAAUGUUCAAUUGAAUUAUAAAGAUAUGAAUCAUACGAACAGCUACGGUUUGAUUCGGGGUCUUCAGUUCUCUGGUUUCGUCUUCCAGUACUAUGGCUUAGUUAUCGAUCUCCUUCUUUUGGGUCUUCAACGAGCAACUGAAUUGGCUGGCCCUCCUCAAAGUCCAAAUGACUUUUUGCAGUUCAAGGACCGUGCUACUGAGACACGGCAUCCUAUCCGUCUAUACACCCGCUAUGUCGAUAAGAUCUGGGUUUUCUUACGUUUCAGUGCGGAUGAAUCUCGAGAUCUUAUCCAACGUUUCUUGACCGAGCAGCCAGACCCUAACUUUGAGAAUGUGAUCGGUUACAAAAAUAAGAAGUGUUGGCCACGUGACUCCAGGAUGCGUCUCAUGCGCCAUGAUGUCAACCUCGGACGUGCUGUUUUCUGGGACUUGAAGAACAGAUUGCCGCGGUCUAUCACCACAAUUGAAUGGGAUGAUACAUUUGCCAGCGUGUACAGCAGGGACAAUCCAAAUCUGCUCUUCUCUAUGUGCGGUUUUGAAGUCCGCAUCCUUCCCAAGAUCCGCAACCAGAACGAAGAGUUCCCUGUGAAGGAUAGUGUCUGGUCUCUCGUAGACAACACUACCAAGGAGCGAACUGCAUAUGCCUUCCUUCAAGUCACAGAGGAAGAUAUUCAGAAAUUCAAUAACCGCAUUCGUCAAAUUCUCAUGUCUUCUGGAUCGACCACAUUUACCAAGAUUGCUAACAAAUGGAAUACCGCCUUGAUCGCUCUUUUCACCUACUACCGUGAGGCUGCUGUGUCAACCGUGAACCUUUUGGAUACGAUCGUGAAGUGUGAAACUAAGAUUCAGACACGAGUCAAGAUUGGCUUGAACUCCAAGAUGCCUUCCAGAUUCCCUCCAGCCGUCUUCUACACACCAAAGGAACUGGGUGGUCUUGGAAUGAUUUCUGGUUCUCACAUUCUCAUUCCCGCAAGCGACAAGCGCUGGUCCAAGCAAACUGAUACCGGUGUUACCCAUUACCGCGCGGGUAUGUCGCAUGACGAGGAGACAUUGAUUCCUAACAUCUUCCGUUACAUCAUUCCUUGGGAGGCGGAGUUCAUUGACUCUCAACGUGUGUGGAUGGAGUAUUCUCAGAAGAGACAGGAAGCCAACCAACAGAACCGGCGCCUGACACUCGAAGAUUUGGAGGAUAGCUGGGAUCGUGGUCUUCCCCGUAUCAAUACACUGUUCCAGAAGGACCGAAGCACCUUGAGCUUCGACAAAGGUUUCCGUGCUAGAACUGAGUUCAAGAUCUAUCAGAUCAUGAAGAGCAAUCCAUUCUGGUGGACUAGCCAGAGACACGACGGCAAACUUUGGAAUCUUAACGCUUACCGAACCGAUGUUAUACAAGCACUGGGUGGUGUCGAGACCAUUCUUGAGCACACCCUGUUCAAGGCAACGGCUUUUCCAUCAUGGGAGGGUCUAUUCUGGGAGAGAGCUAGUGGUUUCGAAGAGUCAAUGAAGUUUAAAAAGCUCACCAACGCCCAGCGUUCCGGUUUGAACCAAAUUCCAAACCGUCGAUUCACUCUAUGGUGGUCUCCAACAAUCAACCGAGCCAAUGUCUAUGUUGGUUUCCAAGUCCAAUUAGAUUUGACUGGUAUCUUCCUUCACGGAAAGAUCCCCACCCUCAAGAUCUCUCUGAUCCAGAUUUUCCGUGCGCAUUUGUGGCAAAAGAUCCAUGAGUCUGUUGUCAUGGAUCUUUGCCAGGUCUUUGACCAGGAAUUGGAAGCUCUUGGUAUUGAGGCUGUCCAGAAGGAGACUAUCCAUCCUCGAAAGUCAUACAAGAUGAACAGCUCGUGCGCGGACAUUCUGUUGUUUGCAACAAACAAAUGGAAUGUUACUCGGCCAUCUCUCCUUUUCGAUACUAAAGAUGUCAUCGAGCCCACAACGACAAACAAAUUCUGGCUUGAUGUUCAGCUGCGGUAUGGUGAUUAUGAUUCUCACGAUAUCGAGCGUUACGUACGAGCGAAGUACCUAGAUUACACUACAGAUAGUAUGAGUAUCUACCCCUCUGCUACUGGUUUGAUGAUUGGUAUCGAUUUGGCGUACAACCUUUACUCAGCUUACGGACAAUAUUUCCCUGGUUUGAAAGCGCUCAUUCAACAGGCUAUGGCGAAGAUCAUGAAAGCAAAUCCGGCUUUGUAUGUAUUGCGUGAACGUAUUCGCAAGGGUCUGCAACUCUACGCUUCUGAGAACAAUCAAGAGUUCCUCAAUUCUCAGAACUAUUCUGAGCUGUUCAGUCCUCAGAUCCAGCUCUUCAUUGAUGAUACAAAUGUCUACCGUGUCACGAUCCACAAGACCUUUGAAGGUAACUUGACAACCAAGCCAAUCAACGGUGCCAUUUUCAUCUUCAACCCCCGUACCGGUCAAUUAUUCUUGAAGAUCAUCCACACAAGCGUUUGGGCUGGUCAGAAACGUUUGGGUCAAUUGGCGAAAUGGAAAACAGCAGAAGAAGUCGCGGCGCUCAUUCGUUCAUUGCCCGUUGAAGAACAACCCAAGCAGCUUAUUGUCACCCGAAAGGGUCUUCUUGACCCUCUUGAGGUUCACUUGCUCGAUUUCCCCAACAUCUCUAUCCGUGCAUCUGAGCUUCAACUUCCGUUCCAGGCUGCCAUGAAGGUCGAGAAGCUCGCAGACAUGAUCCUAAGAGCAACAGAGCCGCAGAUGGUUCUGUUCAACCUCUACGAUGAAUGGUUGAAAUCCAUCUCGCCUUAUACGGCCUUCUCCAGAUUGAUCUUGAUUCUUCGUGCACUUCACGUCAACACUGACAAGACUAAGAUUAUUCUUCGACCAGACAAGACCGUCAUCACUCAGGAACAUCAUAUCUGGCCAACCCUUUCAGAUGAUGAUUGGAUCAAGGUCGAAGUCCAGUUACGUGACCUGAUUUUGAACGAUUACGGCAAGAAGAACAACGUCAACGUUCAGAGUUUGACAAGCAGCGAAGUCAGAGAUAUUAUUCUUGGUAUGGAGAUCAGUGCGCCGUCGUUGCAACGUCAGCAAGCAGCCGAGAUUGAGAAGCAGCAGGAGGAUCAGAAACAGCUUACAGCUGUUACUACUAAGACUCAGAAUGUCCGUGGUGAAGAGAUCAUUGUGACAACUACCUCGCAGUAUGAACAGCAAUCGUUCGCUUCCAAGACGGAAUGGCGAACUCGCGCCAUUGCUACAUCUAACCUUCGUACUCGUGCCAACAAUAUCUACAUCUCAUCCGAUGACAUUCGCGAAGAUGGUCUUUACACAUACGUCAUGCCCAAGAAUAUCUUGAAACGCUUCAUCAUGAUUGCCGAUCUCCGAGUCCAAGUUGCCGGGUACCUUUAUGGUAGAUCACCACCUGACAACGAUCAAGUCAAGGAGAUUCGUACUAUUGUUAUGAUCCCUCAAGUCGGCAAUACUCGUGAUGUCCAGCUCCCGCAACAGCUACCUCAACAUGAGUACCUCAACGGUCUAGAGCCAUUGGGUAUAAUUCAUACUAUCUCGGGUAACGAGCCAUCUUACAUGACUGCGCAGGAUGUUACUCAGCACGCACGUCUCAUGAAUGAACAUUCAUCAUGGGACAAGAAGACAGUAACCAUGACUGUGUCGUUCACUCCUGGAUCAGUCUCGCUUGCAGCCUGGGCUCUGACUCCUCAGGGCUAUAAAUGGGGCGCCGAAAACAAGGACACCAGCUCGGACCAACCACAGGGCUUCUCCACCAGCAUGGGUGACAAGUGCCAGCUAUUGCUCAGUGACAAGAUCCGCGGAUACUUCCUGGUGCCUGAAGACAAUGUGUGGAACUACAGCUUUAUGGGUAGCUCCUUCAGCAGCGUCGAGAAGAGGCCUGUCUAUGUCAAGAUUGAUACGCCUCUUCGCUUCUACGACGACCAGCACCGUCCUCUACACUUCCAGAACUUUGCUGAGUUGGAGGAUAUCUGGGUUGAUCGUUCUGAUAACUUUGCUUAA